AUGAAAUUCAACGACGGCUUCUGGUUAUUGAAGAACGGGGUAAAGGCCUAUCAUGGGCUCCAGGUCGUCAAUGCCACACCACAGAAGGAUGGCUUUGACUUUCAGGUGGCAACAAAGUGGAUUAAGCAUCGUGGCGAUACUCUUGGAGGUCCCAUAUUGAGUAUCAAGGUCUAUUCCCCGACCGAGGGUGUUGUGGGUGUUCGUAUCGACCACUUCAAACACAUUAAACCCUCUCCGGAGAUCGAACUCUUCCCGGACGAUGCACCCAUCCCCUCCGUCUCCGUAGACACUCCGAGCGAGCCUCUGACACACGAGAAGUCUUUGACGUACUCCCUCUCGACAGCUGGCCUUACCGCAGAAAUCACGUCCUACCCAUAUACUGUCACGUUCAAAUCCCCUAACCGCACUCUGACUUCUGCUGGAUACAAGCAUCAGGCCAUCUACGAUAUACCAUACAAGUAUACUCAGAAUACGGCAGCGAACAGCUCAUGCCUGGCGACCGAUGUGAGCUCAAACCCGAAGCCCGAAACCCCUCCGGAGCUUGUGCGAUACAUUCACUCAGAGUUGAAUAUAUCUCCUGGCGAACUGAUCUAUGGAAUGGGAGAACAGUUCGGUGCCUUCGUGAAGAAUGGUCAGACCAUCAGUGUAUGGAACAGAGAUGGAGGAACUUCGAGUGAUCAGGCAUAUAAAUGCGUUCCGUUCUAUCUGACCAACCGCGGCUAUGGCGUGUUCAUCAAUCACCCUGGUGAGGUCGAAGUAGAAGUAGGAUCUGAGAAAGUUUCUCGAGUUGGAGUUAGCGUCGCCGGCGAGUCGGUGGAGUAUUUUAUCAUCUACGGCGAGACGCCACUUCAGAUCUUGGAAAGGUAUACAAGGAUUACUGGACGUCCUGCCCUUCUGCCGACCUGGACCUUCGGACUCUGGUUAUCCACGUCAUUCCUCACGUCCUACGACAGCAAGACAGUCGCCGGAUUCUUGCAGGGUAUGCAGGAUCGGGACUGCAAUGUUCGAGUCUUCCACCUUGAUUGUUUCUGGAUGAAACAAUACGAGUGGUGUUCUUUUACAUUCGAUCCGGACAACUUCCCGGACCCAAAGAAAUAUCUCGCGGACAUCAAGAAGACCUAUGGUGGGAAGAUAUGUGUUUGGAUCAAUCCAUACAUCUCCCAACUAUCUCCUAUAUAUGAGGAGGCAGUGAAGGGUGGGUACUUCAUCAAAAGGAAGGACGGAACGCCGUGGCAGUGGGACCUCUGGCAGCCUGGUCUUGCGAUCGUGGAUUUCACGAACCCGGAAGCGGCAGAAUGGUACAAAGCAAAACUCAAUGCUCUAGUUGAUCUCGGCGUCGACACCUUUAAGACUGACUUCGCGGAGCGUAUUCCCCAUGCUGGGGUUGUCUUCCACGAUGGCUCGGACCCCAUGCGUAUGCAUAACGUAUACGCUAUCACCUACAACAAACUCGUUUUCGGCCUUUUGGAGGAGAGAUUUGGAAAGGGCGAAGCCAUCGUGUUCGCCAGAGCGGCGCAUGCUGGUGGACAGAGACUUCCAGUGCACUGGGGUGGAGACUGCGAGUCGAGCUUUGAGGCUAUGGCGGAGACGCUUCGCGGUGGUCUUAGCUUGACGAUGUCUGGCUUCGCGUUUACAUCUCAUGAUAUCGGUGGUUUCGAGGGUCGCCCGCCACCUGAAGUGUACCAGCGAUGGGUGGCCUACGGUCUGUUUUCCUCUCACUCGCGUCUGCAUGGAUCCCACACGUACAGGGUACCAUGGGAGUAUGGUGAAGAGGCCGCUGUCAGCAUGGCGAAAUUCUUAGAUAUGAAGCAUCGCUUGAUGCCCUACAUCUAUGAUCUCGCAUUGAAAGCGCAUGAAGUCGGCCACCCACUUCAACGCGCGAUGUUCCUCGAAUUCUUGUCCGAUCGGACCACUCACACACUCGACCGUCAAUACAUGCUAGGCCCCUCUCUCCUCGUUGCACCUGUCUUCGUGCCAAAAGGCGAAGAAACUGAGUACUACCUCCCUGCUGGCCGUUGGACCUCACUCUUUGACCCGUCGCGCACCGUUACUGGGCCUGUCUGGAUCAACGAAGUCGUUCCCUUAGACGAGAUCCCCGUUUGGAUACGGCCGAACACUGUUCUACUCAUGGGCCCAAAAAAGACGAAGAAGCCUGAUUAUGACUAUACAAAGGGUCUGGAGGUGCAAUUAUACGAGAUUGAGGAGGGUGCAACAUUGAGAGUGGAUGUGCCCACGGGCGAAGGGAAGAACAUUGCAGGCACAGUGGUGGUGAAGAGGGAACAGAACGAAGUGACGGUGCAAGUAGAGAACGGUGCUCUUGAGCUGGCCUGUGUCAGCUUGUUCUUGGACGAGCUGAAGACGAAGAAGGUGCAAGGCUCGCAGGAAUUGGCAGCUGGAGCGGGGGCGCCGAGGGUGACGGUGAAGGAGGGAGAAACCAAGGUCGUAUUGAAGUUCGGAGCCUAAAGGUCAGCGAAGUAAC